AUGGAUUAUCUUAAGGAACACAACGUACCGCAGUCAUAUCGUGACCAGAUACUGAAGUGGAACGGAUGGGGAUAUGUUGAUUCAUACUUCAAACUAAACUCUGAAGGGCAUGUUGUUAUGACAGGAAAUAAGUACGAUUUGUCAGGCCAUGUGAUGCCAAAUCUUCGUCCGUGGUUCGAGUCAAAGCUUGGUCUCGAAUUACACUACACAACACCAAGUAAGAAGCUAGCGGAUGUGGAAAUUCCACCACCAGUCGAAAACGAUGAGAUUCACGACGAACUGAAAAACGCCAAUAUUUCAUUUUCGAAUGCUCCACGAAUUCGGCUCAUGAGAGCUCACGGACAUACGGUGCAUGAUAUCAUUCAUCUUCGAAACGGACAUCUGCCACGUUUGCCAGAUUUGGUUGUAUGGCCACGAAGUGAGCACGACGUACAAAAAAUUAUCGAUCUAGCAAUGAACACUAACUGUGCGAUUAUUCCGAUUGGUGGUGGCACAUCGGUUUCGAGCGCUCUAGAUUGUCCAAGUACAGAGAAACGAGCCGUGAUCUCUAUGGACAUGGCUCUUAUGGAUAAAAUUCUGUGGAUCGAUAAGGAAAAUCUUACUUGUAGAGCACAGGCUGGCAUUGUUGGACAGUCAUUGGAGCGUCAACUGAAUGCUAAAGGUUAUACUUGUGGUCAUGAGCCGGAUUCAAUCGAAUUUUCCACCCUUGGUGGAUGGGUUUCGACCAGAGCCAGUGGCAUGAAAAAGAAUAGAUACGGUAACAUAGAGGAUCUUGUGGUGCACAUAAACUUCGCCACAGCCAAAGGAAUGAUACAUAAGCAAUGUCAGGUGCCACGUAUGUCAAGCGGUCCCGAUCUUCAUCAUAUCAUCAUGGGUUCUGAGGGAACGCUUGGCGUUGUGACCGAGGUCACCAUCAAGAUCUUCCCGCUACCAGAAGUGAAACGCUACGGUAGUCUUGUGUUUCCAGAUUUUGCACAUGGUGUCGCUUUCUUCAGAGAAGUCGCUAGACAGAGAAUUCAACCAGCAUCACUUCGGCUCAUAGACAACGAGCAAUUCAUUAUGGGACAAGCAAUAAAACUCGAAGUGAACUCCUAUUGGGCAGCGCUGAAGAGCUCGUUAAGUCGUUUCUAUAUCACAAAAUGGAAAGGCUUUAGUGUCGAUGAGAUGUGCGCUGCGACGUGUGUUUUCGAAGGAUCACUCGAUGAAGUGAACAAUGCCGAACGAAGACUGUAUGCUUUAGCUGAACAAUACAAAGGCGUGGUUGGCGGUGAAGAGAAUGGAAAAUAUGGAUAUCGAUUAACAUUCGCCAUUGCGUAUUUGAGGGAUCUUGGCAUGGACUAUGGUGUACUGGGCGAAUCGUUCGAAACGUCAGUUCCAUGGGAUAUGGUGCUUAAUCUGUGUCGAAACGUCAAGACACUCAUUAAACGACUAGCCAAAAAUUUAGGAGUACAGUAUCCUGUGCUGGCAAGUUGUAGGGUCACUCAAGUGUAUGACGCUGGAGCUUGUGUUUAUUUCUAUUUUGGAUUCAAUGCUCGAGGUUUAGAGAAUGGCUUAGAGGUCUACGAUAAGAUCGAGACAGCUGCUCGAGAUGAAAUCAUUGCAUGUGGUGGAAGUGUUUCACAUCAUCAUGGUAUUGGAAAAUUGAGGAAACAAUGGAUGCUGACAACACAAGGAGCGGUUGGCAUAUCGUUGUUAAAAGCCAUUAAGAUGGAACUCGACCCAGCGAAUAUUUUCGCCAGCGCCAAUCUGGUCGACAUUAUCGGAUCACCGCACAGUAAACUGUAA